AUGGGAACUCCUAUUCGAAAAGAUAUGUCACAGAAUGUUGUCACAUCAUAUGAUAGUGAUAAUCAGGAUAAACAGGUCCCACUUCUGUCAUCUAUUGAGCCGAGUAUCUUAUCCAAGUUAUUGAAGACACAUGGCCCAUUAGCAAUGCGACACAUAACCCAGCUGUUAAGUGAAGAGAUUCCACAAUUUCAGGACAUGUCAUCCUCCAAAAAGAGAAGAUUGAUAAUGAAUGCGUUAGAAAAAGGAGAUGAAAGAAACAAGGUAUUGUUUCAAAAGGUCGGUUGGGGACUAUGGCAAAUAGAGAUGGUCGAUCCAAAUAUACCGUUUGAACAACAGCGUCAAAUUGUCAACUCGUUAAAUAAACAAAGGAAAGAUUCUAUAUCAAAUGAUACUCGUCAUGAUAUUAAUGCAGCCAUAGUAAAGAAAGAUACAAAGAGUGAUCCGAUAUCGACUACUCUGGUAGUAUCUCCUCCUAAACCGGUGUAUAUAGAUGAGUUUGCUGUAAGUUUAUCAUCAGAUGAGGAAGAUGAGAACUUCGAAGAAAAUCAAACAGGUUAUAUGGAGGAUUCGAAGGCACAAAUGACACAACGUAGAAGAGGUUCUUCUAAUAUCUAUUCCAUGAAAAGGAGGGUAUCGAGUGUGGUAAAUAGUGUAGAUAACAUAAUAUCACAACCAACAAUCCAUUCGAAUAUGGAACUGUGUUCCACUUCUUUCUCUUCCAUUACCGCAACCACCAGCAACACAUUAUUAUUACUACCACCACAGAAAGGACAUUCAUUCACAAAGAACCGUACAAGAAGGUCCAGUUCAGCUAAACCAAAGGCUAUAAAUAUAUCCGAUGAUGGAUAUUUAUACCAUCAAAACUACCACUACCAUCAUCAUCAUACACCAUUGCAGAGAGUAAGAUCAACGUCAAUAUCAAAGGAAUCCAGCCUUCGUACUACGUUAAAUAACAACAACAAUAAUACAAUAAUUACCCCAUUAACUUCAACAUCCCAAUUUUCCUUAAAAUUAGAUACAUUAGAAACUUACAAUAUAAAUAUGAAAGAAAAAGAAAAUAAUAACCCAUCAUCACAAACAUUAGAAUCAGAUAAAUCGUCAAAUUUCCUACUGGAAAGAAAAAAGGAAGAAAGGUAUGAAAAAUCAGAUAACAAAUCAGAUACAGAAGAAGAAGAUUGGAAAAAUAUGGAUCCAAGAAUGCUUACAAGGAAAAAUAUUGAAGAUACUACAAUUACUGAUCAUAAUUACACUACUGCAGACACAAAAGAAGUUGCUAGUCUUUUAUUGUCGUUAAAAUGA